UCUAACGUUUAGCAAUUUAUUUACUUGAAAAUGAGUGGAAGAGGGAAAACCGGAGGGAAAGCCAGGGCAAAGGCAAAGACUAGGUCAUCACGUGCCGGUCUUCAGUUUCCAGUGGGCCGUGUCCAUAGACUUCUUCGGAAAGGCAACUAUGCUCAGCGAGUUGGAGCUGGUGCGCCGGUGUACCUUGCCGCCGUGCUCGAGUACCUAACUGCUGAAAUCCUGGAGCUGGCCGGUAACGCAGCCCGUGACAACAAGAAGACUCGUAUCAUUCCUCGUCACCUGCAACUCGCUGUCCGCAAUGACGAGGAGUUGAACAAGCUCCUUGGUGGCGUCACCAUCGCACAGGGUGGCGUUCUGCCCAACAUCCAGGCUGUACUUCUGCCCAAGAAGACCGAAAAGGCCGCUAAAGGAAAGUAAUUGUGUUGCGCAGACUUCGAGUGUAUCACCCACCCUGACCCAAAGGCUCUUUUCAGAGCCACCCACAACAAUCUCAAAACCGCUUUCUUCCAUCAUUUUCAACAAUGUCUUGGUUGUUGAACUGAAUAAACCUAAAAUGGUGUCCCGAGUACAAUUUAAGCGAUUCUCAAGUAGAAAUACGUGUCUGGGUGAGUUCAAACCGCAAUGUUUUGGCUAGACGUGCACCAACAUGAUGAAAUAUUAGUCUGCCGGUUACAGAAAUAAGUUGAUACAAAGUUGAUCCAACCAAGAACUGGAAAGUCGUUUUAA